ACGCCCCACUCCCUCACAGGAGGAGCGGGCUACAAGGCGAACCAGUCGUACGACGAGUUCCUGCGACGGCAUUCGGGAUUCUACCGACGACACAGCGCAGCAUCGAACCAGAUGGAGGGCGACCGGCGCGCCUCGCUGGCUGCGGACGAGAAUGCCCAAGCUGCACAGACGGCGGCCGACAACGUGCGUCGCGGGUCCAUCACUGGUGCUGGCGGGGGUUCCGCGACUGCCAACACCAGGAAGGGCAGUGUCGCCGUUGCCAGCGACGUCACCCGCAAGGAUAGCAUCUUCGGCCUCGAAGCCACCGCCGGCACGCGCAUGAGCGAGAACAGAAGGCCAAGCACCUCCCUUGCCAGUGACUUGCUUCACAAGAUCAAGGGAGAUAAGUAG